AUGGCCUCCACUACUUCAUCGCCACUACCUCAGGAUUCAGCUACACCGCCAUCGAUGUCCCUGCCUUCGCUCUUGAGGGCCAAACUCCGUCCGACCCAAGGAAACCCAAAUUCAGCCAUAAACUGGUCACCACCACCAACAUCAAGACUAAGGCCACCAUCAUUGGGCUCACAGAGGUCACCAUUACUUUCACAGCCGACGCAGUCAUCCCUGAAUUCAACUAGGGACUAUCUCAGAAGUAAAGCCAUGGAAAUCCUGGAAUCACCAGAUACCUUACCUCUUACUUGUCUUAUUGAAGAGCUUAACUUCCCUGAAACCUCCACUGAUUUAAUGUAUGCCCAAAACCUCUUGAAUUACCUUAAAAACAAUUACCUUACGUCCUUCUGUUUUUGCCUUGUUUAUUUCUAUAAGACUUGCGGCUCUGAAUUUGGAAACUGCAAGGAGUAUGCCUUUGAUAUUCUAUGCCAGAUUCUUACAAAAGAUAAGGAAGGACCUUGUCCAGAAACCUCUUUCUUGGAUAAAGAAAUCAAAUCUGCAAUUCUUGAUUUUUUGAAUACAGAGAGUUCAAUAAAGAAUUUGAAUAAGAUUCGCGAUUUUGUCGCCAAGAUUGCCACUAAAGAAGUAAGACUUGGAAAUGAUUGGCCUGAGCUUCUUGAGUUUGUUUAUGAAUCUUUGGAUUCUGAUUCUGAAGAAAAAGUGAAGUAUGCUGUUUCUUUGCUUUAUAAGUUGAUUCCGCAUUGUGCUGUCGAAGAUCUUGUUGUUAGUCCCGAUUCCUUUUAUGAUAGUUUAGUGGAUAUAUUUGAUUCUGAUUAUAUGAGUUUAGAGGUACAGGUUGAGGCAGUUCUGACCUCAAAUCGUUUUCUCUUGUACUGGACGAAUCGAUCGAACCAUGAUAGGUAUAGUGUCCUUAUGAUUCAAAUGGUGGAGACCAUUUCCACUCUGGUUGAGCAUAAAUCAGACAAAGAUGUACAGGCGGUAGUUAAGGAAUUGACUGUGUUGACAAAGGAGAAGCCAUGGACUUUGAGUAGCCACUUUGAUUAUGUAGUUCUAUCUGUGCUUAGGAUCCUAGGUGAAGUCGAACUCCAAGACAAAACAAGAAUUCUUGCACUAGAAUUUGUGAUUGCUUUGGCUGAAGAAAGAGUUCAGGGUCGACAGAUGUUGCUAGGAUCGCAACUCGCAAUCCCAAAGUUUCUUGAGAAGAUUUUGCUUCUGCUAGCAAAUUUGAAAGAUGACUCAGAAUGGGGAACUGCGGAGAGUGAUACACAUAAUCUGCAUUCGGUAAGGUGCUUGGAUAGAAUUGUAGCCGCCUUAGGUGGGGAAGUUCUUAUGAGGUAUUUCCCCCGAUUAUUUGCAAUUAAUUUUUGUGCUGAAGAUUGGCAGAGCCGCCACGCUGCGGUUCUUUCCCUUGGCAUUGUUGCAGAGAGAUGCUCAAGUCUAAAGGAGUCGAAACACAGUUGGGAUCAAAUGGCAGGAAGAAUUAUAAGAAGUGUCAAAGAAGACAUACACCCUUGUGUGCGUUUGACAGCUUUAUAUACAAUUAAACAAUUUUCCAAGAAUUUGAAACCUGAAUUUCAAGACCAGUAUCGCGACCAAGUUCUUCCUGCAUUAACUAAAGCCAUGGAUGAUUUCAAUUAUCCCCGCGUUCAGGUGCAAGCUUAUUCAGCAUUGUUUGAAUUCACAUCGAACUGCACUCCAAGUAUUCUAAAUCCUUACCUAAAAGAAAUUGUCACCAAAUUGCUCGAAGAAUUAAGGGAAGAAAAGCACAUGAUCAAGGGUGAAACUUUAAAAGUAUUGUCAGCAGUUGCUUAUUCAUCACAGGAUCAGUUUGCGGAGUAUUACAGUACUGUCAUGCCUUACCUUAAGGUUAUAAUGAUGACUGCGAAAAAAGAACAUGAUCACAACCUUCUUGCAAAUUCCGUGGAUUGCAUCACUAUGGUUUGGAUGGCUGUAGGAAAGGAGAAGAUCAGAGAUGAUACUGAUAUGGUUGUGAAAAUGCUUAUCUCUUUACAAAGAUCUGAAUUAGAGGCAAAUGAUCCAAUGAGAUGUCAGCUGUUGCAAGCAUGGGCCAGACUGGGGAAAUGCUUGGGAAGAGAAUUCAAACCUUAUAUGAGUGUCUCCAUUCCUCGUUUGCUCAGGUCUGCUAAAAUUGGAUCAUAUGUCCUUAUACCUGAGAAUCCUGACAAUGUUGAAGAAUCAGACGGAAGUAUCAGGGCCCUGAUUCUUGGAGAACGAAAGAUAUGGAUCAAGACUAAGGUCCUGGAGGAGAAAGUAGCAGCUUGUAAAGGGCUGUAUUUACUUGCUGAUGAGUUGAAGGAAGGACUUUCUGUAUGGAUCGAAGAGGUUGCUCAGACUUUAGUUCCAUUUCUCAACUUUCAACUCAACGAAGAGAUUCGAAGAGUUGCUGCUUCAGCCAUGCCAGUGCUAUUAAAAUCAUCUAAAGAAGCAAAACAAAAAGGGAAUCUUGAAUUGUCUGAUGAAUCACUUUUCGAGAAGUUAUGUUCUGAUGUGUUACCAGCUUUGGUAAAAGCACUAAGUAAGGAAUCCUUGCCCGAAAUUGCUGCAAUAAUUUUGGACUCAUUGGAGGAAUGCAUGAAGAUGUCUGGACCUGUUCUAGAUGAAGACCAGACUGACUUGUUCUUGAAGAAGAUAAUGAAUGUUUUGAAUUCAAGAAGCAAAGUAGGGGACAUUGAUGUAAUAAAACAGACGUUACAAGAAGAACAAAAAGUUUAUGACAAAGCCGUUGAUUGUUUGGCCACUUUCAUCAGAAUACAGAUGUCUUCUUUCACACCAUUCCUCGGCAAGCUUUUGCCUUGCAUACAACUUAUGUGGGAAAAGGAUAAAAUAGCUAAAGAGCGAAGAACUGGCUUGCGCAUAUUUUGUGAUGUUGCGAAGCAAUUCCCAGAAGAAGCAUUCAGGCAGUACAAUAUUUGUCUUCUGUUUCUGUUUGAGGCAUGCAAGGAUAAGAACCCCGAAGUUCUAGAGGUGGCUGUCCAGGCAAUUGGGAUAUUUGCUGAGUUUGGUGGGUCUGCAUUCAAGUCUCUUCUUAAAGGGGCUUUUUAUGCUUUGAAAGCGGUUAUAGACCAUCCUAAGGCGUUGCAGAUAGAAUAUGUAAUGGCCCAUGAUGCUGCUGUUUCUGCUCUAGGAAAGUUUUUGCAGUUCCAUCGUGAAAAACUCAAUGCGGCACAGUUUUUAAAGACAUGGUUAAGACAUUUGCCGCUGGAAAAUAAUCUAAACGAGGCCAAAGUUGCGCAUCAUCAGCUUUGUUCACUAGUUGAAGUGUCAGAUGUGGAACUUCUUGGUCCCAAAAAGAAAAAUCUUCACAAGAUUGUUACUGUUUAUGCCGAGAUCCUGUGGGCAGGUAAGAAGUUAGCAACUGAGGAAACUGUAAGCCAAAUGAUCAAGCAAUUGGAACUUUACAGGAGAAGGUCAAUCCCCUCUACCUGGAGAUCCUUCAUGUUAUCCAUGGAAAACCAUCUGCGAAGGAAGUUGGAAUCAAAAUUAUCAUCCUAGAUUUGUUAUUUCUAGUCGUCAAUGUUGUCUGUCCCACUUCGAAACCUUGGUGCUAAUCAGCAAGUUUUCUCAUUGCAGAAUGUAUAU